CAAAUCUCAAUUUCGAAAAUAACAAUGGGAAAACGGAGAAGAAGAUCGGAAAUUGAAUAGUAUUUGCUUAUAAAAUGGCUCCGAAGCAAAAAGAGAAGCCCAAGGGUUCGACGGCGGAACCUCCCGUCGGCAUCGAAGAUCUAUUCACGUCGCUCAAUCGCCACAUCCAGCGUUCGGAAUAUGAACAAGGCGUUAAAGUUUCCGAUCAAAUUCUUGCGGCUGUGCCUGGAGAUGAGGAUGCAAUUCGUUGUAAAGUGGUGGCGUUAAUCAAAGCUGAUAGUAUUGAAGAAGCACAAGUUGCUAUUCAAGAGUGUUCCAGAAAAGCUCCUAUUGAUCUUAGCUUUUUCAAGGCGUAUUGCUUAUAUAGACAAAAUAAACUGGAUCAAGCAUUGGAGUCCUUAAAGGGGCAAGAAGGAAGUACUGCAUCAAUGCUGUUGGAAUCUCAGAUUUUAUAUCGUUUGGGAAAGAUGGAAGCCUCUGUUGAUAUAUAUCAAAAGCUCCAAAAUUCCAAUAUAGACUCCUUAGAAAUUAACCUUGUUGCUGGUUUGGUUUCUGCUGGAAGAGCUUCUGAUGUGCAGGGAACUCUGGAUUCCCUCAGAAUUAAAGCAACUAGCAGUUUUGAAUUGGCAUAUAACACCGCUGGCUCUUUGAUUGAGAGGCAGAAGUACAAGGAUGCAGACCAACUGCUAUUGUCAGCUCGAAGAAUUGGUCAGGAAACCCUAAUGGAGGAGAAUUUAGCUGACGAUGACGUUGAAAUUGAACUGGCACCCAUUGCUGUUCAACUUGCAUAUGUUCAACAGAUUCUAGGAAACACACAAGAAGCUAUUGCUUCUUAUACCAACCUUGUGAAAAGUAAUUUGGCAGAUGAGUCAUCACUUGCUGUGGCAAUAAAUAACCUCAUUGCUCUAAGAGGUCCUAAAGAUGUCUCCGAUGGCCUAAGGAAACUUGAUAAGCUAAUAGAGAAAAGUGAUGGACCACAAAAGUUUCAGCUUGCUCAUGGAUUGGACUUGAAGCUCUCUCAAAAGCAAAGGGAAGCUAUAUACACCAAUAGGGUGCUACUGCUACUUCAUUCUAAUAAGAUGGAUCAGGUUCGAGAAGUUGUUGCAGUUCUACCCGAGUUGUUCCCUGGGAGCUUGAUGCCAGUACUUCUUCAAGCUGCUGUACAUGUGCGAGAGAACAAAGCUGGUAAAGCCGAAGAAAUACUAGGACAGUUUGCAGAUAAGUUUCCUGACAAGUGCAAUGUAAUCCUGCUUGCAAGGGCACAGGUUGCUGCCGCUGCUGGCCACCCUCAGAUUGCAGCCGAGUCCCUAGCGAAAAUUGCUGACAUUCAGCACAAACCUGCAACUGUUGCCACCAUUGUUUCUCUCAAGGAAAGGGCUGGAGACAUUGAUGGUGCUGAUGCUGUGUAUGAUUCGGCAAUCAGAUGGUGGUCAAAUGUGAUGACUGAAAACAAUAAGCUCAAUAUCAUCAUGCAGGAGGCUGCUGCUUUUAAGUUGAGGCAUGGAAGAAAGGAGGAGGCAGCAUGCCUAUAUGAGGAACUUGUGAAAAGCCAUGGAAGUAUUGAGGCUUUGGUUGGGUUGAUCCGGACUGCUGCCGAUGGAGAUGUAGAGAAAGCAGAAUCUUAUGAGAAACAACUAAAACCACUACCCGGUUUAAAAUCUAUUGAUGUCGAUAGUUUGGAGAAAACUUCAGGUGCAAAGCAUGUUGAUACUGUUCCUAAUGUUGGUGCUGCUGAAGCCAAGAGUAAAGAUAAGGCAAAGAAAAAAAGGAAAAGAAAGCCGAAAUACCCAAAAGGCUUUGACCCAGCCAAUCCAGGGCCUACACCUGAUCCAGAGAGGUGGCUUCCGAAAAGGGAAAGGUCUAGUUACAGACCAAAGAGAAAGGAUAAGAGAGCAGCUCAAAUUAGAGGUUCUCAGGGAGCAGUGGCUAAAGUGGCAGCAGUUAGUAAUGAUACAAAAUCAAACCAACCAGCCAAUACCAAAGGAGCCUCUCAGAAUGCAAGCACCGAACACUCCAAGCCUUCAUCGAAAUCAAGAAAGAAAUCUCGGAAGUAAUCAGAGAAGCCUUCAUCAUUUCUUGGUUGAGGUUUCCGGGUGCCUUUAGAGUCUCUGUUUCAAAACUCCAUCUGAUCCGAGCAGUAGUCAUACAAAUAAUUCUGCUUGGUCUGAACUAUAAGGUAUGGAUAAUGAAGUCAUGGAUGAGUCUCGUUUGUGACAUUUUUGCUCGGACUUGCCAUUUUGGAGGCACUUAAUUUUUAAUGAUUCAUUAUUCAAACUU